AUGAUUAAUUGGCUUGUGGAGAAUAGUCUUGGUUUGUUUCCGCCUGUUCUAUUGAGGCACCCAAGAAAAAUGGAAAAGGAAAGGAAGGUUUUCCUGAACAAUACAAAGGAAUGUUCGGUGUCCUAUAUGGUAUCCAUUGUGCCCAGAGUUGGGAAGCCACAACCUGCUACCCUACUAGUGAGAGGAUACCAUUGGAAUGAUGGAGUUAGAUCUGGAAUAAACUUUUCGUCUGCCCUGGAAGCAGGCGAUUGCUAUUCUAUUAGAGAAGUACAGAAAACUAGAAUGACAAACUUUUCGUGCCAUGAUAAGACUGUUCUCUAUAUGUUUAUUGUAGAUAUGGAUGGAAAAGCUUCUGUGUAUCACGCUCAUUUUAGUGGAUGCCAUUCUCUUAGAGAUUCCAAAGUGCCUUUGUAUAGGAUCGAGCUAUUCCAUGAGGACGGAUUCUACAGAAUGGACAGGGAACCUUCUCACGAUCUAGUACUCAAGUCCAUAAAUAUCAAAAGUAAGAGCAAAGGUCUUCUUCAUUAUUAUUGGGGCUUCUCAAGCGAUGUAGGAAGACGGUCUAAACAUGUUCUCAAUUUUGAAAUUGAAGGGGAAAAGUAUUGUGUGUAUGGUUUUUGUUGUGUUUUCUGUAUUAAGGAGUUUGAAUCUAUUGACUCUCUGGUGUUCCAUAUUAGCCGCAUACACUCUGGAUAUGAAUGCAUACAGAAAGAAAAGUCUCUUUACCUUAAGAAAUCCGAGGCAGAAGCCCCGGAAGCCUCUAGAACCUUGACUUAUCUUUCCAGAAGAUAUAGAAGAAAAGGACUAGAAUCAAGAAAAGAUCCAACGGACCAGAAAACAUCUGAGAGUUUUGCCGCCGGAGUCUGGUCGAUAGAUACCCUUUCAACCCUGAUAAAUAGAAACAUAGAAUCAGAGUCAGAACUUCCAGAGAAUUCCCUUGCUUUGAUGAAAAAGUGGAACACCCUUACUCUACAUGGAAACGUAUUCAUGGAUGAUAUAGCUAAGUUUGUUAGGCAAGAAAGGAAAAGUCCCUCAGUAGUAGACUUACUUCUUGUCUUGUACCAUAAAUCUGUUAUAAAUCCAAAAGAACUUACAGAACUCAUUUAUUCCUUGCUAGAAAAAGACCUAGACGAAUCUAAGACUUAA